CCGCAAGUCCCGCCUCCAGCUCCAGCUCCAGCUCCACCCAGUUUUGUGGCUUCGCCUCCUUCCUCGAAGGGAUCCUACCUCGGAGAAAGGAGUUAGGUAGGUUUGCACCUUGUUUUUGGAAAGUUUUAAGCUUUUGAGAUGGAGAUCGGAUUUGAGUCGUUUGAUUCGUUUCGUUGAGGGAUUCGGUCGAAAGAUCGUAAAUUUCGGGGUUUUUGUUUCAAAGUUCGUUUGUUUUUGAGGGAAAGUUCGGAUCUUUGUUGCUCUUCUUCUUCGGUUUGAUGCCUUCUUCCAUGGCGACGGCGUCCUCGUACUGGUGCUACCGGUGUAGCCGUUUCGUCCGGGUGUGGCCGCAGGACGCCAUCGUCUGUCCCGACUGCGACGGCGGGUUCCUCGAGGAGGUGGAAAUACCUCCUACCCGUCUCUCCCCUGCCAACGAGUCCCGCCGCCGCCGCCGAAUCCCCUCCGACGGCGCCGCGCACGCCCUCGGUAGCGACGGGUCCAACGUGGCCGCCCGCCCGCGGGAACCCUCCGAGCUCAGGUACCGCCGCAACCGCCGAGCGUCCGCUGGCGACCGGUCCCCGUUUAAUCCGGUUAUCGUCCUCCGCGGCCCUUCCGACGGCCCCCGCGACGCGGAUCGCGCCGCCACCACCUCCAGCUUCGAGCUCUUCUACGACGACGGAACCGGAUCCGGCCUCCGCCCGUUGCCGGAAAGCAUCUCGGAUUUCCUGAUGGGCUCGGGCUUCGACCGCCUCCUCGAGCAGCUCGCCCAGAUAGAGAUCAACGGCAUCGGUCGUGGGAUGGGAAGCGCGCAUUCGCCGGCGUCAAAGGCCGCCAUCGAGUCAAUGCCUACGAUAGAGAUCGUCGACGACCACAUCGGGAGAGAUUGCCAUUGCGCUGUCUGCAUGGAUCCGUUCGAGCUCGGAACCGAGGCCCGUGAGAUGCCCUGCAAGCACAUAUACCAUCAAGAUUGCAUCUUGCCGUGGCUUUCGCGCCGGAACACGUGCCCUGUUUGCCGCCAUGAGGUGCCGACGGAUGCUCGAGGGAGGGCUGUGGCAGGGGAUGAACAGGCCGCUGUCUCUGGAAACGAGGGGGAGACGGUGGGGCUGACGAUAUGGAGGCUUCCAGGUGGGGGUUUUGCAGUGGGGAGGUUCGCAGGGAGCAGGAGAGCAGGGGAGCGAGAGUUCCCGGCCGUUUACACCGAGAUGGAUGGCGAAUUCAGCAACAACGGAGCUCCGAGAAGGAUCUCAUGGACCUCGAGAGGCAGUGAGGGUGGAGGAAUUGGUCGGGCCAUUCGCAAUUUCUUCUCGUUCUUCAGGCUGUCGCGGUCCACUUCCUCGUCUUCAUCUUUUUCCUCGAGGCCAAGCUCAGAAUCGCAGCCUUCAUUCUCUCGCAGACAUGAAGGAGGCUCAGUUUUCAGGUGGCGUUCACGAAGUCGAGGCAAUGCAAUUGCUUGAUGACGAUACAUAAACGUUUGGAUUGACCAGAAAAAGAUAAUCCAAUGCACAAUACUCCCAUUGAUGAACAUCUCGAUCGCAAAGGAGCAAACUUUUCGUGAAAGACAUGCUUUCAUUGUAAAUAGAUUAUGUCGGCAAACAUCGUAGCAAUUUCUAAUCUGUAUCUUCUCGAUUCGUGUAUCAAUGUGUUGGAAAGAAUCAACUAGAUAUCUGUGACAUAAGGCGUUAUAUGCUUGCAAAACUUCAGGGGCUCAAUGCUUUGUAUCAUCAGUUCUGUUUAGGAAAUCAGUUUUCACCCGA